AAGAAAACAAGUUAUCACAAACAUGUCAAUGCUCAUUCUAAUACUCGCCGUACAAAUCCUCCUUCUCACAACCUUUGCCUCCGCCGGAGACCGUGGAGACUUCGCAAGAACAAUGAACCCGAAGCGCCUCCACAUGAAAGAGAAACUCACUCAUCUCCGAGUAUAUUGGCACGACGUCAUAAGCGGUCCAAACCCUAGUGCCAUCGUGAUCAAAAAGCAUGUUGCGAAGAACUCCUUCGGAUCAGUCACACUUGAGGGAAAAAAUCUGACAAUGAUAGACAACGCACUAACAUCUGAUGUGCCGAUUAACUCUACUUUGGUAGGCCAGGCCCAAGGUUUCUACGCAGGAGCGUCCCAACAUGAGACAAGUUUCUUGAUGGCGAUGAAUUUCGCUUUUAAGAUAGGGAAGUAUAAUGGAAGUACGAUCACGAUUCUUGGUCGGAACACAAUUUUUUCUGAGGUUAGGAAAAUGCCGGUGGUCGGAGGACGUGGAAUCUUCCGGUUGGCUAGAGGUUAUGUCGAGCUUAGGACUAAGUGGUUCGAUCAACAAUCAGGAGAUGCCACCGUUGAUGAUAACUGUUUUGUCUUGCAUUACUAA